AUUGUGCCACCAUCUUCACAAACAAAUUAACAACAACAACAACGCUUUCUUUCUCUCUUCUGCUUUUUUUCAACCAAGAGUUCAUUUAGAAAUUCAAGCUCAAAGAUGAUUCAAAUUUCGUCUUCCAAUUACAUGCCUGAAUUUGGAAUGGAAGACACUAGUUUGUUUCAAGAAAUGGAUUCAUUUGCAUUCAACUUUGAUGAUAUUUCAUACUUGAACACUUUCUCAUCAGCAUCCACACCUGAGAGUACUAAUUCCUCUCAUUAUAAUAAUAAUAAGAGAUUUCAUUCACAAACCACACAAAUCAACUCCUUCCCCAUUGAAAGUCCUGAUCAAUCUGUUGCCUCUGCAACACCACCAACAAAGGCUUCUUCUUCUUCAAAAAUCAUUUCUUUUGACAAUAUGAAUUCAAGGAUUAAGAAGCCAAAAACGGAGUCUGGCUACGGUGAAAACUUGAAUUUUGGAAGUGAGUAUGAUAAACGAGAGAACAAGGUCGCGGCAGCCAUAACAAACAGAAAUCCGAUCCAAGCACGAGAUCAUGUAAUAGCUGAAAGAAAACGAAGGCAAAAGCUUAACCAGAAAUUCAUUACUCUUUCCUCCAUUCUUCCUGGACUCAAAAAGAUGGACAAGGCAACUAUUUUGGAAGAUGCUAUAAUUCAUCUAAACCAAUUAAAAGAACAAGUCAAGAAUUUAGAGGAACAAGUAGCCGAUAAAAAAGUCGAAUCCGCAGUUUUUAUGAAAAGAUCUAUUCUCUUUGCUGAUGAUGAUAGCUCCUCCUCUUACGACGAAAACUCAGACCAAUCACUCCCAAAAAUCGAAGCAAGAGUUUCUGGAAAAGACAUGCUCAUCAGAAUCCACAGCAACAAACUCCGCGGCCGAACUGCGACGGCAAUACUCAACAAACUCGAAAAACAUCAUCUCAGCAUUCAGAGUAGUUCCGUUUUACCAUUUGGAAAUAACUAUCUUGACAUAACCAUUGUUGCUGAGGUGAAUAAAGAAUAUUGCUUGACGUUAAAAGAUCUCAUAAGAAGCAUAAAUCAGGUUUUGAACCAGCUCGUUUGAUUCAAAACAUCAAAUUUUCUGAUGUGCAAGCUAAUGACUCAUGACUAUUUACUUCAUAAUGGUUUUUUUUAACUUAUAGUUUUAAUUUUACAGUAAUUUUCUUUGCCUUCUUUGGUCCAUCAAAUGCUAAGGUGUUUUCCUUAUUUUUUGCACUCUAGCAUUUUCGGGACUCUGCAGUUUUUUUUUUCACACAAGAGGGAUUUUUUUAUAAGAUUUGACUCUUGAGAUUGAUCUGUUUGAUCCCUCUUUCACGUUGUGAAGAUUGAAUGAUGAUGUUGAAUGUUUUUAUUUUUUAUGUUUGUUUUGUCAUUUUGUGAUGUAUCAGUUCUAUAUAAAAUUUAAUUAAAGAUUUAAUGGAUAUGUUUAGAGAGUUUAA